AUGAGUUCAAUAUUAUUUUCCGUUAAAAAGUAAAAUUAAUGUUUGAAAUUAAUUAUGUUUUAUAAGAAUAUAAACACAAUUCUUAGUGAUAUUAAUAUUCAUACGACAGAUGCCAUUAUUAUAGUGUUUCUUAUAUUCAUACUUACAGUCGGCUUAAUAUAUUACUUGAGAUUUAAGCGGUUUGUGGGAUAUGUGGACAAAAUACCCGGACCCAAAUGUAGUCAUAUAUUUGGGAAACUGAUUGGAAAUUUAGAGCUUUUCUGGACUAUCAAAGUAAUGACUGACUUUUCGUACUUUGGGUUUCAAGUAAUGGCAGGUCUGACCAAAACGUAUCAAGAUAUCGGGGCAGGCAUAUUUAGGGCUUGGAUAGGGCCCUUUCAAAAUUAUGUCGUUAUAUUUAGGGCCGACACUGUUGAGACCAUAUUAUCAAGCAAUAUUCACAUCGAAAAGUCCCGCGAAUAUAAGUUUUUUCAACCAUGGCUUGGCUUAGGAUUAUUGACCAGUACUGGCGAUCAUUGGCGGUCUCACCGCAAACUACUGACCCCUUCGUUUCAUUUCCGUAUACUAGAAAACUUUGUGCCCGUUAUUAACGGCCAGAAAGACAUUAUGAUUGAUAUAAUCGACAAACAAUUGUCGCAAAACAAUGGUAUCAUUGAUGACAUUCGGCCCGUUAUAACCAACUGUGCGUUGGACACCAUUUGCGAGACGGCGAUGGGAGUGACGGUUAAGGCCCAGACAAACGUGAACUCAGAGUACGUAAACUCAUUGCGAAACGUAUUGAUGCUAUUUCUACACCGAUUCCUAUCGCCAUGGCUUUGGCCGGAGUUUAUAUAUCAAAUCACUUCAUACGGCAAACAGUUUAAGGCAAACACCGCUGUUUUGCACGAAUUCACUGAUUCUGUAAUCAAAGAGCGAAAGACGGAACUACUGAUGAAAAUGAAUGAAAAUAAAGGCAACAAAUUGGAGGAACUGGUGGAAGACAUGGGCUCUAAGCGAAGGCUAGCUUUCUUGGACUCCCUG